AUGGCUGGUCGCCGAGUUGGAUGGCGUCAGAUGGUACACGUGGGCAGUUAUAGAGGUCGACCCGUCCCCGCCUCCUUGGACGCGAUGAUGAACGCACAGGGGUCUGUUUGGCCAUACAGAAGGGCCGAGUUUCUGAUGCAAUGUAACUUUACUAACUUUGGCGAGCGCGGUGAACAGCAAGGCGUACCAGGCCUCAUGCAGUCCUACUUUCUGGGCGGUUACCUGGCACAGGCGCCAUCGCCUGCUUUACCGUUACUUGCUUUCACCCACGGCGCGCUCUCUCUCUCCUCUCGCUCGCUCUGCUCUUCUCUUUGA